AUGGAAUCGUUUAAUAAAAAAAUUAUUAUUCACAGCAAAACUGAUGAAGCAAAAAGAUUGUUAACGUCAGAAUGCUGUAAUAAACUUUUAUUGCAUAAAUUUGGUUUUUUUCCUUUCAGCAAAGUUUUUUGUUGGCAAUAUCAAAGUUUAAGAAAGACACGAAAUUCGAAUAAGCAAGAUAAGUUGGAUAAUAGAAAUCAUUCAAGCGUAAAUGCUCACCUCAUUACUCAACUUUGA